UCCAGUGGGUACGGAUCGGUUCGCUUCCAGGCGUCAUGGUGUACCGACCGGCACCAACCGGACCCUAACAGCCGCCGUACCAUCUUUCAAGGCAACCGACAGGCAGCAGUGUCGUUUCAUCUAAUCUAAUUUCAUACUCAUUCAAAUUCUACAUCCAACGAAGUGCUUCAACCAAGCCCCUUCCGGGUGCUCAAAGGUGCCAGUGUAGUGCCGUGACGCUAGUGCCGUUGGCGUGAAAUAUGUAACACGUUCGACAAGCGUGUGGACGGAGUGUGCCGAAGCAGCCAGAAGGAUUACCGUACCGUUCCGUGUAUGCAUGCAUGUGGCCAAAGCCACAUUGGGCACGCAAGGCACGGUCUCAGAAACACACGGGUGAACCGUUAUCAGUUGAACGAUAUCGCUACCAUAACGUCGAUUCAGUGUAAAAUGAAAUCACGCGCCCAUCACACCGACAGCUCGUCGAUCAAAUCGAUCAGCUCGGAGGACGUCAGCACGCAGCAGCACUACCAUGGCAACAUGUGCUGCAGUGCGGAAGCGAAAAAUCCCGCCUUCAAACGUGGCCGCCAGCUGCAACAGAUGCAGAUGAUCAUAUUGCCCUUCAUACCGAUACUCGCCCUGAUCGUGCAAACGUCGUACGAGAUGAUCGAGAUCGUCAGCUACCGGAUGGAGGUGACGGAGAUCGAAAACCAGGUUACCAUGGCAACCGAUCUCGGAAAGGUGGUGACACGCCUGCAGCAGGAACGCUCCGACGUGGCAUUCUACAUCUACACGAACGGCAUCACCUUGCGAAGAAAUCUGAACGACACGUUCUUCGAGACGGAUCUAGCCCUGGACAAUAUGUCCUCGUGGCCCGACAUUUCGAUACGAACGAUACAACCCAACAAUGGAGAGGUAACGUGGCUGAAUAUGAGCGAGUUUCGUGAAACACUGCAGGAGUUCCGUGCCAACAUAAGCACCGAGGACAGCACGGUGCCACAAAUUUUGCGCUGGUACACGACCGCCAAUGCGGCGCUGCUGGAGCAUUUGACCAACCAGAUAAAGGAUGCGAAUAAGAGUGGUGUUUGGCGAUUUCUGCUCAGCUUCAAGAAUCUUCUGCGGAGUAUCGAAAGCUUGGACAUCUCUUCGGUGUACGGUAUCAAUUAUUAUGGCCGCGGGUAUCUCAAGCCCGAUUCAUACAUCAAGUACGUGCAGCACGACAUUCUCGGGAGGGACCUGUUGAAUGGAUCGCUGCACUUUGUACCGUCGCUGAAGGUAAUCUACCGGAACAUAACUCUCACGAUGCGAAGCUACGGUAAUAUUACCCAGUGGAGCAAAACCAUCCAAAAGAACUUGCGGCGUGAGGGCAAUGUGGCCGACGCACGCUCCUACUACGAAUCGAUGGCGUACUACAUCGAUGAGCUGCGGAAGUUGCAGAGGGCGCUGCGGUCGAUUAUACGUAACGAAGUCCAGAAAGUGCUCCAGUCGGCAGACAAUAUGGAAACAUUCGGCAUCGCCAUCCUGGUGGUCGUCCUUAUUGUGUCCCCGAUCAUCAUCAUACUGGUGCGGAAUGCGGCCGCCACCAUCCAGCUGUACGCCAUUAAUCUGGCUCACAAGGCGAAGGAGCUGAAACGGGAGAAGCGCAAAUCCGACUCGCUGCUGUUCCAAAUGCUGCCCCCGACGGUGGCCACUCAGCUAAAGCAGGCCCAAACGGUCCCGGCGGAGUACUACUCGGCAGUGACGAUAUUUUUCAGCGACAUCGUUGGAUUCACCGAAAUUGCAGCCGAAUGCACACCGCUCGAGGUGGUCUCGUUCCUGAAUGCCAUCUACCGGAUGUUCGACGAGCGCAUCGAGUGUUACGAUGUGUACAAAAUCGAAACCAUCGGUGAUUCGUACAUGGUGGCGUCCGGAUUGCCGGUGAAAAACGGUGGCAACAAACAUGUGGCGGAAAUAGCAACAAUGGCGCUGGAUCUACUGGAUGCGUCCGGGUAUUUCAGCAUCCCACAUAAGGCCAACGAACCGGUACAAAUACGUUGCGGUAUCCAUACUGGGCCGGUAGUAGCCGGCAUCGUCGGUACAAAGAUGCCCCGAUAUUGCCUGUUCGGUGAUACAGUUAACACAGCGUCCCGCAUGGAAUCCACCGGCGAAGCGUUAAAGAUUCACAUUUCGGCCGAGAUGAAUGAAGCGCUGGUCAAGGUGGGCGGCUUCAAGACGGAGCACCGUGGAUUGAUCGAUGUGAAGGGUAAAGGGCUGAUGGAUACGUACUGGCUGACGUGCAAGGAGGGCGCAACGCCGAACAAUAGUCAUGGCGAGGUGGCCUGGUUUGCCGAUAUGAAACCGGUGUAUUUAAAAAUAGUUUAAUGAAACACCAUCGAUUUCUGUCGGCCACGUGGAUGAGCUCGACUAAGCAGUAGCGGCAGCCGUUCGAAGGAAUCCCCUGACUCCAUCAACUCCAACAUCCUGGCAGUUCUUAACAUCUGCGUGUUUCAUUGUGCAUGCUUUUCUGUGCGAACGAUAGGUUUUUAGCCGAGGCAUUAGGCAGUUUGGCAACCGUGGCUUCAUAACUGUACUUACAAAAGCUGUCUAAAUUCUACACCAAACAAAUAUUCCGUUUGCUAUGUCGCUUGUUAUGACUGUUUUGAUAUGCUCUCUAUGUAUGUGUAUAAACUAUCCACUGUCUAUUAGAGCAAGUGGCGCGAAAGAUCGUUGCCAGAUUGUAAUCCGUCGCACACUGUACCAGAUGUUCAAUGUAAAAGGUUUCAACGCAGACCAACCACUGGAGUGGCAGAGAGCGAAAGGGAAUUGCAAGAGAAAUAUAUUUAACUGAAAAAAA